UGAACUUAAAGGAAAGUAAAAAGGGUCGUGUAAGCAAUGAUUGCUUAGGUGUAUAGACCUGCAUCCAAUAUGCCAACCUCUCCAUUGCCAAAUAUGUUUCAUUAAGUUUCAAAAUCCAAUUAUUUUUACUUAAACAUGUUGGUCUUAUCAUUAUGAGCAAAAAGAAGUAUUUGAAGAAUAUAUACUAGCUAGGAGAUGUAUCAGUGAAGAAUAAAAAGAAAGUAUUUCUCAUCUAAAGUACUUGGCCUUUCAAGAACAUUGAGAGAAGAAACCAAACUAAGUUGAAGCCAAUAGCCAAGAGAAGAUGACUACUGCAAGAUUUAUCAAAUGUGUGACAGUUGGAGAUGGAGCGGUUGGAAAGACUUGUAUGCUAAUUUCAUACACUAGUAAUACCUUUCCUACGGAUUAUGUUCCGACGGUGUUCGACAAUUUCAGUGCAAAUGUGGUGGUGGAUGGCAGCACCGUUAACCUUGGCCUGUGGGAUACUGCAGGACAAGAAGACUAUAACAGGCUAAGGCCACUAAGUUAUAGAGGAGCUGAUGUCUUUUUGCUUGCUUUUUCUCUAAUAAGCAAGGCAAGCUACGAGAACAUUUACAAAAAGUGGAUCCCUGAGUUAAGGCACUAUGCUCCUACUAUUCCAAUUGUUCUAGUGGGAACUAAACUUGACCUGAGGGAAGAUAAGCAAUAUUUAAGUGAUCAUCCAGGGGCAACUCCUAUAACAACCUCCCAGGGAGAGGAGUUGAAAAAGAUGAUAGGAGCAGUUGCCUACACUGAAUGCAGUUCUAAGACGCAGCAGAACGUGAAAACUGUCUUUGAUACUGCAAUAAAGGUAGCCUUGCGACCCCCUAAGAUGAAGAAAAGACCGCAAAAGCGAAGAACAUUAUGCGCCAUUCUUUGAAAUUCUCCUACUCCUUUGUUUCACAGCCUUAAACUUUCGACUACUAUUCAAUUACUGUGUUCUUAUCAUUUUGUAACAGCAUAAGAGGAAGAACCUAAGUUGUAAUUUUUUCUUUUUUUGUAUUAUUUAGUUGUUAGGUGAAGUAUUAAAGUUUCUUUUUAAACAUUUUUUCUUUCAUUAUAUAUAAUAAAAUCUUGUAAGUUGUAAUAGCUA